CCGCAGGUGUCUCGAGACGCAUUUUUAACGCUCCCGCGUAACCGUCAAAGACGGCCGUAAAGCCCGUGUUUACAUAGAAGGGACGCAAAAACAAAUUCUGUGUGAACGGCCCCUUUCAGCCUGCACGGGAUAGGGCAAAUAAAUAUGGUGAGACGCUUUGGCUUGUUCAAGAGCUUUCUUUAGUAUUCUUAAGGUGCUGCUGUUUUUCCACUUCUUUCCAGCUGGAGCUUUUCAGAGCAGCGUGUCCGCGUUCCGCCGGUACUGCAGCAUUCUCCCAUAGCAACCGCUGUGGUGCCAGAGCCAGCAGCUGAUUUACCUGACACAGUGCUUUUCUCUUGCCCGAAAAAAUGCACUUGAAAAGCUCAUGCCAGCGCUGUGAAUGUAGAAGACAUCUGAAUGUAAGCUGAUUUACAUGAGCGGAUAAAGUGACGUCGAUAGAAGCUGAAAAAAUGAGGUAGAAUUUCUCGGAAUGGGAUGCAGAGAAUAACGGGGCUCCACUGAGACUCUUCCCCCCAGGAGUGCGUAUGUGUGUGUGGGGGGGUUCUUGUGAGACACAGAAUGAAGGGCAGAGGAGGUAUAGCAUUUGGCUGGAGAGAGGGAGAUCUCUGCUUGGGACGAGCUCUUUCUGCUUUCCUGCAGACAUUUAUGAGACCUUUAUGGACAAGAGGCAAAUUUAUGAAGGCAAUAUAAUGUGAGGAGAUACUUGCAUAUUUUAAAUAUGAUUUAAACCUUGCUGCAUUGGUUUCAACUAUAUAGGAAGAGUGGAAGGAAUUUUUUUUAAUUAUUAUUCAAUCAUAAUCUAUGCAAUGUUGCUGGUUUUCUGCUUUUAACUUUUUUCUUUGACUCUUUUUAUAAAAAUAUAUAGGGGAUAUUAUCAUCCGAUCAGUCAGUUCAUCUAUACAACUAAAUAUCUAUAUAAAAAAAUGGGCUGCAAGAAUUUAAUGUCUUUGUAUAGGUAAUUAAAUGUUGCAGCUAUUGCAUAGAUGCACAAAAGGCUUGGUGCCAGACUUGGUAAUUUGGUAUGUCAGCUAUCUGUUAGACUUAUCUCACGGCUUCAACCAAUAUAGCAAGGUUUGCUCUGCUGUCAAGGUCACAUAGUGGAGGUCUGCUCAUUUUAAAACCAAAUCAGCUCUUAUUAACAGGCUCCCAGAGGUCUUUCUUUUUUGGACUCAAAAAUUACCCUUCUUCUCUGUGGUUGAACUGGAAUGAAAUGGUGGCACUUGCAACAUGGGAAACAUAUUUCACUGCUGCCGCAAGGUGUCCGAUUUUAUUCAAAGUAAGACAGUUGGUGACCAGACAGAGGAUCGCUCUCCACUCCUAUCCAGGGAGAACAGUGAUAUAGAAAGACUACCUCCUUCACGGACCUCUGCUUCUCCUGUUUUGGACCAAGAUCACCUCAUUUUCCCAGAUAUUGUGUUAAGCAGCAACCUUGGUGCAACUCUGGUCAACGAGGACUCAAUUCGGCCCUUCGAGCUCCUGUUGGCAACAAGGGAACAACCACAAGAUGUCAGGAGAGAAAACAGAGUGGGCGAAAGCAAUCUACGGAAUGGAGGAGAGCGAGACGGAGGGGUGGUGGCACAGCCGAGCACAAAUAUCAUUCAUAAGGAGCUCUCACAUACAGGCACAAAUCAAUUAUACUCCACAGAGGAUGAAUGGCCCUUGCUGUCUUCCCUGUGUCCAAUACCUUUAGAUCAGCCAACUGCUGCUAAAGAUGUUCUGCGUCAAAACCGAAUAUGCACUCAUGAACAGGAAACAGAUGGUUGUAAAACGUUCCUUGGGCAAGGAACAGAGUUACUAGCAGACCAUAAGGUAAGCCAUGGGUUAUCAAUUCCUGGUCCAAUAUCUGUGCAUGCUGCAUCUACACUGGAUGCCUCACAGAGUGACUUUGACACUGAACAUGAAGAACAAGAUGAAACACAAUCAGUUAAAGCAACAGAGCAAUUAGGAGUAAAUCUUUUACAAAGGGAGCAAAAGCAUCCACGAAAAGAAGAAGAAGUGGAAAUCAACGAGGGCAAAAAACUAAAUGAACAUGAUCCAAACAGUGAAGCACAAACAAAACUCGAUAUGGUAAAGCUAGAACCUCCAUGUGGCAUUCCAACUGAACAUCCUUUUCUUCCCAAGAAGCAAAGACAAGCACAAAACUGGGAAUUAUUAGCACAACCAGGUGACUCUGAGGGCCAGUCUGAGCAACAACAAGAUGCACAGAUUGUUGUGGCACUAGAGAUGAAUAUUAUAAAGAGAGAGUAUGUUAAUGAGAAAGAUGUGACAAGUGAAGAAGAGAACAAUCCCACUCAUUUGGGUUGCUUUGAGAAGAAAAUAUCUCAUGUAAAGCAACAGCGAAUAGAAAUAGAAGAAGACCUGACAGGCAUGAGUUGUGGGAUGGUGGAGCAUGAGUUUGGGAAGAUGGAGCAAAGUCUAACGCUGUUGGACAAGGAUCUGCUAUGGACAAAGAAGGAAGUGGAACAGAUGCAGUGGGACCUGGACGCCCUAAACCAGAGCACGAGACCAUCACUGCGGGAUUCUGGAGAGAGGGCUCUCGCUGGGACCCAAGUAGAACAGAAACCAGACCAGGCUGAAAGCUUUACCCUUUUCGUGGUUGAUAAGCUGUUCCUUGAUACUCCAAACUUUACAGGACCCGGCCCUGACCCCAUGCUCAGUGGCCGUGUGCUGGACACUCAAGCAGAUAAUAUGGCAGAACAGGUCAACUGUGGCAUCGAACAACAAGAGCUACCUGCUGUUGCUGUUCCUGACAUAGACCCAUCUGAGGAUGCAGGGUUCACAGUCAAGAUCCAGGCUCCUGGCACAGAACCUACUGACUUCCAGGUUUCACCUUUAGCGAUGGUACAGGAGAUCAAGCAAGUGUUGAUGGACCGGGAGGAGACCUGCUGGCGUACCUGUUUCUCCCUGCAGCUGAAUGGAGUCACACUUGACAACUUUACACACCUUAGAUCCAUUCCAGGCCUUCAAGAGGGCUCAGUUCUGAGAGUUGUGGAGGAUCCAUACACAGUUCGAGAAGUGCACAUCCAUCUACGACACAUCAGAGACCUUUUAAAGAGCCUGGACCUUACUGAUGGCUAUAAUGGAGUGGAGGGCAGCUCACCGUCAUUUCUCAGCUAUUUCACAGAGGAACGUAAGGAAGAGGGUAACAAGCCUAAGAGAAGAGGUGACCGGCUGAAACACGUCAUCUGCAGCCCUCCAGAUCACAUUCUUCCUGGUUGCAAAGAACGUCUGCUGGUAUACCUGCAACCUCAGACUCACUUUGGAAAGCCCGCAGAGUGCUUGAAGGGUUUGACCAUGAGUAGCUGGAAUCCACCUCCUGGAAACAGAAAGAUGCAUGGAGACCUCAUGUAUCUUAAUAUUGUCACCAUGGAAGACAGACACUUCAGUAUAACAGCGUCAACUCAUGGGUUCUACGUAAAUCAAUCUACAGCAUACAACUUCAAUCCAAAGCCAGCCAAUCCCAGUGCCCUCAGUCAUGCUCUGCUGGAUCUCCUGAGUCAGAUCAGUCCCAUUUUUAAGAAGAACUUCAGUGCCUUGUUGAAAAAGAGAGGAUCUACACACCCAUUUGAAAGGAUUGCCACACCUUUCCAGGUGUUCAGCUGGUCUGCUCCAGCACUUGACCAUACAAUGGACUGUGUUAGAGCCGAAGAUGCCAGCUCCUCCUGCCUGGGUUAUGAAGAGCAUGUGCCUGGUCAGGCCCGUGACUGGAACGAAGAAUUUCAAACCACAAGAGAGCUUCCUAGGAAGAACUUGACUGAUCGUCUGAUGCGGGACAGAGCCAUGUUUAAGGUUAACAGUGAUUUUGUGAGCACUGCCACUCGAGGAGCCAUGGAAGUGAUAGAUGGUAACGUGAUGCCCAUCAACCCUAGUGAAGAAUCGAAACAACAGAUAUUCAUCUGGAACAACAUGCUCUUCAGUUUGGGCUUUGAUGUGCGGGACCAAUACAGAGAUUUGGGUGGGGAGGCUGCAGCCCACGCCGCCCCCAUUCUCGACCUAAAUGGUGUGAGCGCUUUCUGGACAGUGGAUCCCGAAGGCCUAUACCUGCUUGGCACUGUAGUGAUCGAUUACCGUGGCUACCGCGUGACUGCGCAAACUAUCGUGCCAGGUAUUCUUGAGCGUGACCAAGCACAGAGUGUUAUCUAUGGCUCCAUCGACUUUGGCAAAACCGUUGUCUCUGAUGACAGGUACCUAGAGCUGCUUAACAAACCCAGUAAGAUGCUGAGAGUACAGCGACACCUAGUGUUAAACAAAGAUGACACAGCAGUCGAGUUGUGCUCCUCAGUAGAGCACAAGGGCAUUGUGGGUAAUGAUGGGCGCCACUACAUCCUGGACCUACUUUUUACCUUCCCACCUGACGUCAACUUCCUUCCUGUGGAGAAUUUAAAUCCUAUUUGUCAACAGCUGGGUUUCCCAAAGCAACAUCCUCAUUGCCUGGUUUGUCUGAGACAGGAGCUCGUUGAGGCUUUUGUUGAGCACAGAUACCAGAUAUUUCUGGAGACGGUUUCACAAAGUACUGAGAAUGACAUCACCAACCCUGUCAGCACAUCUCCAGUAAAGAGUGAUUCUAGUACUACCACUCAACUCCCCUUAACUACUAUCACACUUUUAGACCAGAAUGAAGAACACGAUUCCCUAAAAACUGCACCUGGAAACAACAUCCAGCCGGAUUCUUCAUUAAAGCAUAUCUUUUCCUCUCUCAGGAAUACCUUUGAUAUACAAUUCAACCCUAACAUCUUCUCUGCAGGUGUGCGUUUUCCCAAGGAAAGUGCAGAAGUUAUCCAGAAACAGAAACAACAGCUAAAAGAUGCUGCAGCCUUCUUGAUUUCCAAUCAAAUCCCUGCCUUUACUAAGAGUUGCCUUAACCACACAUCAAUACCUAUGGAUGGCAUCACAUUAACUGAGGCUCUGCAUCAGCAUGGCAUCAAUAUUCGCUACCUGGGCACCGUGCUUGAAUACAUUGAGAAGAUACCCCAGAAAGAAAGACUUGAUCAUGUCUAUAGAACUGCACUCUGUGAGCUGAUCACGAGAUCCGCAAAACAUCUCUUUAAGACAUAUCUUCUGGCAGUGGAACCAUCUGCCCUCUCUGCCUCCGUCAGCCAUUUCCUCAACUGCUUCCUAAACUCAUAUAUUGAUCCUGGGGUCAUUCAACAAAACGACAAGUUGUCUUCUAGACGCAGGAGUCGGAGAAGACGGAGUCGUUCGUCAGUGACCAGUACCAUCACCGCCUGGUCCAGCCUGACACCGAGCAACCUCUGGGUGGCCAUCAAAGCUGAGGCUCAGGAAUACUACCAUUACAGUCUGCCGUGUGGAAGUGUGAAGGAGGCCGUGGAGAAAGACAGACUUCAGAGGAUCACUCUGCUCAGAGAGAUUGCCAUCAAAACUGGGAUUCAGAUUCUUUUAAGAGAAUAUCACUUUGAUUCUGAACAAAGACCAGUUUUCACUGAAGAGGACAUCCUUAAUAUUUUCCCUGUAGUGAAGCACAUCAACCCAAGGGCUAGUGAUGCUAUUUAUCUCCUACGUUGUGGUCAGUCUAAGGUACAGCAAGGUUGUCUGAAAGAGGGCUGUGAGUCAAUCAGCCAAGCUCUGGGUCUCUUCACUAACGUGUAUGGUGCACUGCAUCAGGAUGUCUGCAUUUGUCUACGGCUGCUGGGUCGCAUACACUACAUCCUCGGUGACUACGCUGAGGCUCUCAGUCACCAACAGAGGGCAGUACUGAUCAGUGAGAGAGUUCUGGGAAUUGAGCAUCCCAACACUAUGCAGGAAUAUAAGCACCUCGGUCUUUAUUGUUUUGCUGGAGGGCAGCCUGCGACUGCUUUGAGAUUGUUAUACCGUGCUCGCUACCUGAUGCUCCUGGUAUGUGGAGAGGACCAUCCUGAGAUGGCUUUAUUGGAUAGUAAGAUAGGUCUUGUGCUGCAUAGUAUGAUGGCCUGUGAUCUCGCCCUGAAGUUCCUGGAGAAUGCCCUUGCCCUGAACUCCAAAUAUCAGGGUCCCUCCUCUCUUAAACUGGCACAAAGUCAUCACUUAUUGGCAAAGGUGCAUGAGAGUAAAGGAGAUUUCCGUGCUGCACUGAGGCAUGAAAAGGAGCGCUACAGCAUAUACAGGAAGCAGGUUGGAGAAGCACAUAAAAAGACACACGAGAGUUCAGAGUACCUUAAACAUCUCACACAUCAGGCUGUGAUUCUGCAGAAAACAAUGAACUGGAUCUACAAGACUGGCUCAGACACCAAUAUUUCCCCUCUCAACUUGAAUGCUCCAAGUCAUGUGUGGAUAGUGGAGCAGCUAAACCUUGUCACUGGCAUUGUCCUUAUUCCUCUCAGUAACAGAGACCUUGAGAAACUCAGGACUGAAGCCCAGAAAACAACACCGCUGUCUAAACCCCAACAAAAUGAUGUGCAGUCAAUGGAGGAUCUGCAGGAUCUGUCUGAGGACCAGGAAUAACAUAAGUUAUACUCAAGAAACCUAAGUCAUUUACCUAGUAAAAAGACUUUAAAUACUGAAAGUGAACUAAGAUGUGCAUUUGAAAUAGUGUUCUAGCUACGUUUUAAAAUAUAUAAAUAUAAAAUAAAACGCGAAAUGGUGCAAAUGAACUACUACUCUUGCCCACAUGCCAGAUGAUCCUCUAGUUUUUUAUGACUUUAUGAAACUCAAGAUCUAUUAAAGAAAAUUUAACUCCCUUUAAAAGCAUGAGUGUAACUUGCUGUUAAAUGAUACUGAGUGUAUCUAACUAAUGGUUUUGCACAUUUGUAAACUGGACUGUUUAUGGUCCUUUGUAUAUCUAACUUCGUUUGUUCUUGUGCACUGUAUCUGUAUAGCUGAGAAGCUGAAGGGCCACAGAACAGUGUUAAGAAUGGAGGGCUAAUGCAUGCAUUUCAGACCUGACUGAGUUUGGCAUGCUUUCAAUGAAUGUAUAGGCCAAGAAAGAGCCUACUAUUAUUGCAUUGUGACAAAAUGCUUUGUGAAAUGUGCUAACACAAAUAAAGCAAUCG